UCACAGAUAAGUUUGCGAGUCACUUAUCUCGAUCGUAUUCGUCGUAGGAGUGCUGCUGUGUAUAUAAGAGAUGUCCAAUACAUAACAACAGCAGCUCUGCUUGGAACGCGCUGGCGCGUCAGACGCAGACACUAUGAGGAUACUACUGUUCAUAGGGUUGUUAAUAUGCAGCAAUGCUCAGGAGAGAAGGUUCCCAGACGACUUCCUGUUUGGAACAGCAACAGCCGCAUAUCAAAUAGAGGGGGGGUGGAAUGCCGAUGACAAAGGAGAAAAUAUAUGGGAUCGUUUGACUCACACCAACCCUAACAUUAUCAAAGAUGUAAGCAAUGGUGAUGUUGCAGCCGAUACAUACAAUAACUACAAACGUGAUGUGGAGAUGAUGAGGGAGUUGGGGCUAGAUGCUUACAGGUUCUCUCUCUCCUGGUCUAGAAUACUACCCAAUGGCCUGGCCAACAAAGUCAGCGAUGCCGGGGUUGAGUUUUACAACAACUAUAUAGAUGAAAUGAUCAAAUACGGUAUAAAGCCCAUGGUCACUCUGUACCACUGGGACUUGCCACAGAAGUUACAAGAUUUGGGAGGAUUCAUGAAUCCAUUAUUCCCCGAGUGGUUUGAAGAUUACGCCCGGGUGGUCUUUGAAAAGUUUGGAGACAGAGUCAAGCACUGGAUUACUUUCAAUGAACCCAGAGAAAUCUGUUUCGAAGGCUAUGGUUCAGACACCAAAGCGCCUAUCCUAAAUGCAACCGACGUCGGUGUUUAUUACUGUGCCAAAAAUCUGGUUAUGGGUCACGCUAGAGCUUAUCACGCAUAUGUCAAUGACUUCAAGCCGAGCCAAGAAGGUGUCUGUGGUAUCACAAUAAGUGUGAAUUGGUUCGGGGCGUUGACAGAUUCCGAGGAAGAUCAAUUUGCUGCCGAAAUGAAGAGACAAGCAGAAUGGGGACUCUAUGCUGAACCUAUUUUCUCUGAAGAGGGUGGGUUUCCUAAGGAAUUAGCAGAAAUUGUGGCCAAAAAAAGCGCUGAACAGGGUUAUCCUCGGUCGCGUAUGCCAGCAUUCUCUGAUGAAGAGAAGGAUUUCGUAAAGGGCGCUUUUGAUUUCUUUGGAGUAAAUCAUUACUCAGGCAGCUUAGUAUCUGCAACUGAAUAUAAGACUAACCACCCAGUGCCGUCUUUAUAUGAUGAUAUUGAUGUAGGAAGCUACACUCCGCCGGAGUGGCCAAAAUCUGCUUCUUCGUGGUUAGUUCAAGCACCAAACAGUGUUUACAAUGCCCUCACUCACCUUCACAAGAAGUACAACGGUCCCAUAUUCUACAUCACGGAGAACGGCUGGUCCUCGUCUCCGGAUGCUGAUAUCCUUGAUGAUGACAGGAUUAGAUACUACCGAGCGGCUUUGAACAGUGUGCUCGAUACCUUGGAGGCUGGAGUGGAUCUACGGGGGUACAUGGCAUGGAGUCUGAUGGACAACUUUGAGUGGAAUGCUGGUUACACAGAACUUCUUGGCCUGUACCGCGUUAACUUCUCGGACCCAGGUCGUGAGAGAACUCCUCGUAAGUCAGCCUUCGUCUACAAACAGAUCAUCAAGAGUCGGAUGAUUGAUGAAGAAUAUGAACCUGAUACCCUGGACAUGACCAUUGAUGAAGGGAACUGAUCAAAAUAUAGCAUUCGUAUAUUUAUCAACAUGUUUAUGUUUAUAGAGAAAAUGCAUGAUUGAAACUUGUUUAAAAA